AUGACGUCUGCGCUCGAUUCAAGGCCAGGCAGGGCGCCGUUCGACGUCGAUCCAGACUCGAGUUUCGAGACACUGGCCCAUGCCGCUAUCGAGCUGGAGUUACGCCAUCCAAACACGGCACUGAGAGGAAUGCCAGAAGAUAUGCUCAAGGAAACCGCACUCGAAGGCUUGAUGAUCAUGCACGAAGCCAUCGUGCGCUGUCUUGUGCGUGGGGACUUGCCUGCUACCUACAGAACUAGCGGCAGCGCGGUACGGACACUCCUGAACCGCCUAUCAGAGAGCCAAAGUCCCAGCAUGGCAAGAGAUCUCAACGUGAAGGGCGAGGCAGCUGAUGCCAGGCUGAACAAUAUGCCAGUCCAACCAACAAUCUACGCCCAAUACAUGGUUGAUGCAAAGGAUGGCCUGGGCCCGGACUCACCUCAGCUACAUAGAAUCAUCAAGCGGAUGCGAGAAUAUUGCGACGCAAAGAAUAAUCACCAGGAUGCAUACCGGGUCGAUACCCACGCUAACCCACCACAAUCAAAUUCCACCGCGAGGAUCGCGAACACGCUGCGGUUCUGCGAUGCACUUGAGGAACGCCUCCAGUGGGACCAGCACCCAGAACGUCGGCCACUGGCAGAAAUUGGCUACACGCAAUCGCUCUGGAAGCGCUUAGGAGACCAUCGUGCGCACAGAGGUUCUACCAAAGUCAUGAAUCUCUUCGAAUCCAUAUGCAUCGACGAAUUCGGCGAGACCAAGUUCCGCGUCGACCAGCACGUUGUGGCUCUGCUGGAAAAUGCAAACCAGGAAUCAGUGAUGGAGGCUGUGCUCGCGCGGAUGGCGAACGCAUAUCACUACUCUGGAUUUGGGUUCAACAUAGGAGGCGCAGGGGGAAGCUGCACGUCCGCUUUAUCUUUCACCGCCGAUGAGUACUUGAGGUUUGCAAACUACAAUGACGCUGUGUACUUGGAGAACCAUGAACGGGAGGCGAGCAUUCGUCAUGAGAUUAUGCAGCUGGAAGUGACGCGUCAGGCGGGGAUACUGGCAGGGGAGCGAUUCAACUUGGAGAAGGACAUGCAGGCAAUCUUGGUUGCUGGCAAGGGCAAGGGGAAGCUUCCACGUAUGAAUGACUGA